AUGAGCUCUCCCCUCACCGUGGACCCGGCACUCAUUGCCAAAGUGACCGACUACAUCAAGGUCUACAUGUCCAACUAUGACCCUUCCCACGACUACAGCCACAUCAAGCGGGUGGUGCACCUCGCCCAGGCGAUCCAGCCCAGCGUGCCCAACACGAACCGCGACAUCGUCACCCUCGCGGCGCUUCUCCACGACGUCGGCGACAGAAAGUAUCUCAAGCCCGGCGAGGACGGCCUGCGCAUGGUCUACGAGACUCUUCGUUCGCUCGGGGCACCGGAGGAGCUGGCGGAGAAGAUCCAGACGAUAUGUCUGGGAGUGAGCUACACGAGCGAGAUGAAGGACUUGGCGCGCGUGCGGGAGCUCAUACAGGAGCAUCCGGAGCUGGCGGUUGUGCAGGACGCGGAUCGGCUGGACGCCAUUGGGGCGGUGGGCAUUGGGCGGGCGUUUACGUUUGGGGGAGCAAAGGGGAGGGCGCUGGGGGAUUCGAUUGGGCAUUUUGAUGUGAAGCUGCUGAAGCUGGAGGGGCUGAUGAAGACGGAUGUUGGGAGGGAGAUGGCGAAGGAGAGGACGGAGAGGAUGAGGCUGAUGCAGGAGUGGUGGAAUCAGGAGACGGAGGGGAUUGAGUAG